AUGGGACAUUUUGGCGUGGCCGUUUUGGCGUGGCCGUUUUGGCGGGUCCGUUUUGGCGUGAAACUAAUUUGGCGUAGCCGUUUUGGCGUACCUGAAGCACCUAAGGAUCUCACAACUCUAGAAAUACCCGACGUGUAUAAAAUGUAUUCACCAUCUGAAGGACACGUAGAACAAUUUUUAUUAGCUGAUAGUGGGCCUGGGACAGAAAGAAUUUUAAUUUUUGGAAGACGUCGAUAUUUGGAUAUUUUACGAAAUUCUAAAACAUGGUUAGGAGAUGGGACUUUUAAAAUUUCACCUCCACUUUUUACUCAAGUGUACGUUAUACUAGCUGAAUAUUUAAAUGGUGUACACCCUAUUAUAUAUGCAUUACUGCCUGAUAAAUUUACAAAAACGUAUGAAAAACUGUUUCAAAUGUUGAUAAAUUUAUGUCCUGAAUUAUGUCCUACAUCUAUUUCAUUAGACUAUGAAUUAGCUGCUAUAAAUGCAGUGAAAAAAAAUUUCCCAAAUAUUAUUAUUCAUGGUUGUUUUUUUCAUGUCACAAAAAAUUUCAAAAAAAAAAUUGGUGAACUACAUCUUAUAUCAAAAUAUAAUAACGAUGCAGAUUUUUCUAUUUCUGUUAAAAUGAUAAUUGCAAUUGCAUUUGUUUGCAUCAACAAAAUUGACAUAGCAAUCGACGCGUUAGCUGAAAAUUUACCAGAAGAACUUCAACCCCUGCUUGAAUGGUUUGAAGAUAAUUAUGUCGGAAGAUUAAAUCGAAAUGGACGGAGACCCGCUAGAUUUCCACCAUCAAUUUGGAAUUUAAACGAGCGAGUAUUAAAUGGUAUACACAGAACAAAUAAUCAUGCAGAGGCAGCCAACCGAAGAAUAAAUGUUGAAAUGGGAAUGGUCCAUCCUACAUUAUGGUCAUUUAUAACUUGCUUAAGAAAAAUUCAAGCUGGAAGGGAUACAUAUUUAUUUCAAUUGGAAUCAGGAAGAAGUCCCCCUAAAAAGCUCAAAAAAUAUAUUGACACAGACAAGAGACUGCUAAAAAUAGUACAAGAAUCAGAUACUCGAGACAUUUUAACCUAUUUAAGAGGUGUAGCACAUAAUAUUUCUUUACAAUAA